CAGUAAACCUUUCUUGACUACACUGCAUUCUAUAAUGGAAAAUUCAAAAUGGCUGGAACCCGUGAUUCGAUACUUGAAAGCAGGGCCAAGAUUUCAAAUCUCCGAACGUUGUCCAUCGAUUCGUCCUUUGGAGAAAAACACCGUGAUGCACAUUAAACUGCUGCAGCUUUGUCAAAAUGCAGUCAAUAUUGACAACAGUCUGCUCUACGAAGUAGCGGUUGUCGAAGAUCACUUACAUCCGAUAAGGUUAGAUUUGGAUGAAUAUUGCGCAGUUGAUAUGGAUAUGCAAGUCGAACAGAAAUCAAGUGAGAUAUUGGUUGAUAAUCGGAGUGAGGAGUUCGCGCGCUCGAAUAUUGAUUACGAGCAGGAUCUUAUUACUCGGGAGCAGCAAAGAAUUGCAAACUUGCCAAAUGAAGAAGAACGAGUAAAACCUUGUGCUGCUCUAGAUAGAAGAAUAAAAAUCCAUCAGAUGAAAUCUCUGCGCUCGAUAUCUCGUAUAACUAAAAUUCCAGCUCUCACCGUUGGCCUAAACCCCAUCGAGCAUCACAUGAGUUUUUCUAUACACAGAACUAAAUCUGGCAACAACGGAUACUUAGAUAAAAUUUCCACUAUUCACGAAGAACGGCUAACCUACGAUAAGAAGCUUCACGAUGCUCAGUUCUACGUCCUCCAGAAGCUGUUCGAGGGAAGAAGCAGUAUCAAUGUCCGCACACUGAGUAUUGACUCCAUCGGCAUUCUCCGUAUACCUUCCAACUUGAAUUUGAAGUUUCAAGGUUUGGGCUGCUAUGAAUAUGAACCUGACAAAAUUUUGAAAGCGCUUUGUCCGUUUUUUACAACAUCCAGCUUACCACUAAAAUGGUUGCGAAUAUGUUCAGUGCCAGAAAUUCCAAACCCAAUUGUCAACAGUGCUAAAGAACUGUUUCUUUACAAAAAAGACAGGCUGAUAACGUUGUUCAACUUGAAAGUCACUGUCUUAACCUAUGAUAUGAAGUCAGUAGAAGAGCCCGCGGAGCUCGUCGAAAAAUGGUUGACAGACGGAAAACAGAUUGGUACAGAGUUCACACUCACAGUAAUUCGAGAAAUUAAAGCAAAAAUACUGCUUGAUCAUGUGAAGAGGAAGUUCGAGAAGAGAAUCGUACGGCUGGAAGAAUUGAAUGGGGAGACUACCAGUGUCACCUUGUCGAUGAACAACUCUGCGGAGCUAGUUGUCCAAAAACAUUUUAGGACGGUGAAGUUGAAGGUCCAGUCAAGCCGUGAAGAAGAAAAAUGAUAUUAUAUGUAUAGUCUUUUAUGAUAUAAAGUGUUAAUUUU